UGUCCACGCUUGGUCUGAACGCGGAGAGCUGCGUCUAGGCCGGAACUGGGAGCUGGAGGCACCAUGAGCCGCAGCAUGGAGGCUGCACGGAGCUUCCUGAAGCAGCUGGAGGCGCGGCGCGGCCGGGAAGAGGCAGUCCUCGCCAGCGAGUUCAGCGAUAUCCUGGCCCGCUCUGCUGCCUGGAGGACUCAGGGUGUGCGCUCCACCAAGGCUGGAAGUCGCUGUGAAAACGUGAGGAAGAACCGCUACAAGGACGUGGUGCCCUAUGACCAGACUCGUGUGAUCCUCUCCUUGCUCCAAGAGGAGGGACUCGGCGACUACAUCAACGCCAGCUUCAUCCAGGGCGCAGAUGGCAGCCGGGCCUAUAUUGCCACACAAGGACCCCUCCCUCACACCCUGAUCGACUUCUGGCGCCUUGUCUGGGAGUUUGGCGUCAAGGUGAUACUGAUGGCCUGUCGAGAGACAGAGAACGGACAGAAGAAGUGUGAGCGUUAUUGGGCCCAAAAGCAGGAGUUACUGCAGGCUGGGCUUUUCUGCAUCACCCUGACAAAGGAAACACAGCUGAAUGCAGACAUCAUCCUCAGGACUCUCCAAGUCACAUUCCAGAAGGAAUCCCGUCUGGUGCACCAGCUGCAGUACCUGUCUUGGCCGGACCGUGGAGCUCCCAGCAAUCCCAAUCACAUGCUCUCCAUGGUGAAGGAAGCCCGCCGCCUGCAAGGAUCCGACCCUGGACCGCUCUGUGUCCACUGCAGUGCGGGCUGUGGGAGGACAGGUGUGCUGUGCACGGUGGACUACGUGAGACAGCUGCUUCUGGCCCAGAGGAUGCCAUCUCACUUCAGCCUCUUCCGGGUCCUGGAGAUGCGGAAGCAGCGCCCUGCGGCUGUGCAGACCAAGGAGCAAUACCGGUUCCUGUACCACACCGUGGUCCAGCUCUUCCACUCAGCACUCCGGAGCGCCGGCUCCCAUGGCCAGGGCUCCAAGGAGAACUGGGCCCCGCUGUACGAAGAUGCACUCUCCCUCCGGGCGUCCCCAGCCCUCCCGCUCGGCGGGGUGCUCAGGAGCAUCUCUGUGCCCGGGACCCCGGCCCUCCCCACGACUGACAUGUACGCGGCAGUGCAGAAGCGCCCGCCGCCCGCGGGCGCCAGGACUGGCACGCAGGAGCUCAGCAAGGGGGAGACCCCGGUCUAUAGCCAGGUGACCCCACGCGCCCAGCGGGCCGUGGUGCCCGUGGAGGACUCGCAGGGGGUGCCGCUAGGCCGGGUUCCUGAUAACCCAAACCCUGCUCGAUCUGAUGCCUAUGAGGAGGUGGCAGAUGGCGCUCAGACUGGUGGGCUAGGCUUCAACUUGCGCAUCAGAAGGCCAAAGGGGCCGCGGGACCCCCCUGCUGAGUGGACCCGUGUUUGAGUGCUGUACCUAUGCCUACCUGUUGCCAACAUGGGUGCUUGGACUGCUGUAACCACCACUCUGCUGAGCGAUGGAUUUAUAAUGAAAGCACUGCAUCAAAAGACCUGCAUCAAAAUAAAAGUUUCUCAGGGU